AAAAUAUGUCAGAACUGUCAACUCGACGCAAAGGUGAUUCACGAUUUGUGUAUCUUGGGGUAUUUACAGCCGAUUUGUCGACGAAAAUGAAUAGAAAGUGCGCAAUUGAAAGAAAAUCUGUAAUAAUCUAAUCGACUCAGUGAAAAAAUAUCGUUUAAAAACAAUCUAAUUAACCUAAUCAACCAGUUUUAUCAGCGAUUUAAACUAGUGGAAUUCGGCUAAGCCAAAAUGGCGUUCGCGACAGCGUUCAAAAUGCCCCAGGAACCGAGGCCUUUGCCCUCGCUGGACGACGACGACGAGUCCUUCGUGGUCCUCUGCUCGAACGCCCGCGACUCCCAAGCCUCCGAUUCCUUCUCUGCGGACGUUCCGGACGCCUCCGUCAUCUCCGAGGCCAAGCAGCUCAUCAAACAGGAACUCGAAGCCCUCGAUAUGGAAUCGAUGAGAUGUGGCGUAAACGCCACGAACCAAUCGAAUGAAAUUGAAGAAACUAUAAAGAAAAUGCCUCCUACGAAUAAAGCUCCUGAAUCGAUGAAGGCCAUGUUCAGCAUAACCUCCUUAACAUCGGACAUGUCCUCCGAUGAAAUCGAACGGAAACUAUCACAGUUGGUCGAGGAAAACGUUCAUCUGAAGGAUACCAUUCUACAGAACAACAUGGCGUUGAAAUCGCAAUACGACAAGAUCCUGUUUUGGUACGAGGACGUGCAGAAGGUCCAUCGAACACUAAAGGACAAACUGAUCGAGGCCAAAAGGGUAAUAGACGCUUUGAAAAGCGACAAGGACUCGUUGAAACGGGAAUUGACUGAAAUGAAGAGAAUCAAGGACGAUAUGACGAAGGACGUUGCUCGAUCGAGGACCGAAGGAAAGGAUCCGAAAAGAAACGAGGACGACAUGAAAAAUCUGCAAUUGGAAGUGGCCAAUGCGAAAAUUCGCGAACUCGAAGAAACCCUGGAAAAACUGGAAAUAGGCGGAAGAAAAUCCGAGGAUAAUUUGACGUCGGAAAUCGAAAAAUUGCGCGCCGAAAACGAGAAAUCUUUGAAGGAAAUUCGCGAGAUUCGCGAAAAUUCGACGAAAUUGACGGAGGAGUUGCGAUUGAGCAAAGAAAACGAGUCGAAACUCGAACAACAGGUGAUAGCGAAAACUCGAAAAGAAGAACAGCUGACCGGUCAAUUGGCCCGCGCGGAGGAAAAGGCCGAGCAUGUGGAAGUGUUGCGCGCGCAACUGGCUUAUAUUCAGACGAAAUUGACGGAGAGCGAGUGCGAGAGAGCGCAGGCGCAGGCGGAAGCCGUGGAUAGAUCGCGAAAAGAGCCGAUCGACGACGAAACUUGCGCUUUGAAGGUGCAAUUGGACGUGUACAAGGCGGAUUUCGACGAGGAGCGACGCGCCAGGGAGGCGAUUAAAGCCGAAAAGGACCGUUUGGAGGAGGAUUUGCUCAAUUUGCAACGGCGCAAUCAGCAAUUGCAAGAGGAAAUCGAAAUCCUCCGCAACCACGGCGACUUCGAGCCAGUCGGGGCUUCCCGGGAGGCGCGCCCCCCUUCGAACGAGGGGACCAUGAGGUGUCCCAAAUGCGCCAUUAAAUUCACCGACGUGCCUCAAUUGGAAAGGCACGUGUACAGGUGCAUCGAGCUCGACGAUCAUCUGCCUUGAGAUUAUUUUUAACUGUAAUUCGGAAAAUAUGGGAGACGGGAAAGGGGGGAAAUUGCUGGGGACAUUUUGCUCUAUAAUUAUGGUAUUGAUUACUAGGAUUUUCUAUUGCAACUUCGACAGUACUAAUUCUAGAAGUAUCAAGAUUGGGGGCAAAUUGUGGGGAAAUUUAAGACUAGUUUAGAAAAAUUUCCUAUCUCCCAUAUAUUUUCCUGCUAUAUUUAAAAUGUACAGUGUUAAAUUAACCUCCGGUUUAUCGAUUAAAUUUACUAGUUGUAUUUUUAUAUAGUCUUACUAUUCAACGGACAUUGUACGAGUUAUAAUAACCUAGUUAGUUUAAAAUAACGAAUAUAUUGUAUAAAACGUUUAGUUUAUUUAGGAGAAAAAAAGUAUAUUUUAUCUAUUAUUAGAUUAUAGAAAGAUU